AUGGAGUUCUUACGCCGUCUUAGUGACCGUCACGAGAAGCUCAAGAAGAAGAUCCACGCCACACGCAUUCCUCUUUCUCGAAACGGUCAGCGUGUCAUGGGCGUCGUGUACUUCACGGUGCCCAUUAUUGGCGGCUAUUACGUCAUGAAGUGGGCGGAGCGUCGUGCGGACGCUAAUUUCCAGCGCGAGGAAAGCGACAUUCGACGAGCUGCGGGCAGCAAUGCCAAGUAUAUCGAACAACAGAACGAACAACUGAAGAAGAUGCUGCACGAGCAGCAGCAGCAGCAGUAA